AUGCCUCGGCGGCCCGGCUAUGGCACCAUGGGGAAGCCCAUCAAGCUGCUGGCCAACUGCUUCCAGGUGGAGAUCCCCAAAAUGGAUGUCUACCUCUACGAGGUGGACAUCAAGCCUGACAAGUGCCCCCGGCGAGUCAACAGGGAGGUGGUUGACUCAAUGGUCCAACACUUUAAGGUGACAAUCUUUGGGGAUCGCAGGCCGGUCUAUGAUGGGAAGAGGAGCCUGUACACGGCCAACCCACUACCUGUGGCACCCGCAGGAGUGGACCUGGAUGUCACUCUACCAGGCGAGGGAGGCAAAGAUCGCCCCUUCAAAGUCUCCAUAAAGUUUGUGUCUCUGGUCAGCUGGCACAUGCUCCACGAGGUGCUGACUGGCCGCAGCAUGCCUGAGCCCCUGGAGCUGGACAAGCCCAUCAGCACCAACCCGGUGCACGCAGUGGAUGUGGUGCUGCGACACCUGCCCUCCAUGAAGUACACGCCGGUGGGUCGAUCCUUCUUCUCGGCUCCAGAGGGCUACGACCAUCCCCUGGGAGGCGGGAGGGAGGUUUGGUUCGGUUUCCAUCAAUCAGUGCGCCCUGCCAUGUGGAAGAUGAUGCUUAACAUUGAUGUGUCUGCCACCGCCUUCUACAAGGCUCAGCCAGUCAUCCAGUUCAUGUGUGAAGUGCUGGACAUCCACAACAUAGACGAGCAGCCUCGCCCUCUCACAGACUCGCACCGGGUCAAAUUCACCAAAGAAAUCAAAGGUUUGAAGGUGGAGGUGACGCACUGUGGAACCAUGCGGAGGAAGUACCGCGUCUGCAACGUGACCCGACGGCCUGCCAGCCAUCAAACGUUCCCUCUACAGUUGGAAAACGGUCAGACUGUAGAGCGCACUGUAGCCCAGUACUUCAGGGAGAAGUACAACCUGCAGCUCAAGUACCCACAUUUGCCCUGUCUACAAGUGGGCCAGGAGCAAAAGCACACCUACCUGCCCCUGGAGGUGUGUAACAUUGUAGCGGGUCAACGGUGCAUCAAGAAACUGACAGAUAAUCAGACCUCCACUAUGAUCAAAGCCACAGCUCGCUCUGCACCCGACAGACAAGAGGAGAUCAGCAGGCUGGUGCGCAGUGCCAACUACGAGGCAGACCCUUUUGUGCAGGAAUUCCAGUUCAAGGUGCGCGACGAGAUGGCCCACGUGACGGGGCGAGUGCUACCCGCCCCCAUGCUGCAGUACGGCGGCAGGAACCGAACGGUAGCCACACCCAGCCACGGGGUGUGGGACAUGAGGGGGAAGCAGUUCCACACCGGGGUGGAGAUCAAGAUGUGGGCCAUUGCCUGCUUCGCCACACAGAGGCAGUGUCGGGAAGAAAUACUGAAGGGUUUCACAGACCAGCUACGUAAGAUCUCUAAGGAUGCUGGGAUGCCCAUCCAGGGUCAGCCAUGUUUCUGUAAAUACGCCCAGGGAGCGGACAGCGUGGAGCCCAUGUUCAGACACCUGAAGAACACGUACGCCGGACUGCAGCUCAUCAUCGUCAUCCUGCCGGGAAAGACUCCUGUCUAUGCCGAGGUGAAGCGUGUGGGAGACACCCUCUUGGGCAUGGCUACUCAGUGCGUCCAGGUGAAGAACGUGGUGAAGACGUCCCCUCAGACCCUCUCCAACCUCUGCCUCAAGAUCAACGUGAAGCUGGGAGGCAUCAACAACAUCCUGGUUCCUCACCAAAGGCCGUCAGUGUUUCAGCAGCCAGUCAUCUUCUUGGGAGCAGAUGUUACACAUCCACCUGCUGGAGACGGGAAGAAGCCUUCGAUUGCAGCAGUGGUAGGAAGUAUGGACGCCCACCCCAGCAGGUACUGUGCCACUGUGCGAGUCCAGAGGCCGAGGCAGGAGGUCAUCCAGGACCUGGCCUCCAUGGUGCGGGAACUGCUCAUCCAGUUCUACAAGUCGACCCGCUACAAGCCCACCAGGAUCAUUUUCUACAGGGAUGGAGUUUCAGAAGGCCAGUUCAGACAGGUGCUGUAUUAUGAGCUGCUGGCCAUUCGUGAGGCCUGUAUCAGCCUGGAGAAGGAGUACCAGCCAGGCAUCACCUACAUAGUUGUGCAAAAACGCCACCAUACACGCCUCUUCUGUGCCGACCGCAACGAGAGAGGCACCAGCAGGCCCUCCCACUACCAUGUGCUGUGGGACGACAAUUGUUUUACCGCUGAUGAGUUCCAGCUGCUCACCUACCAGUUGUGCCACACCUACGUGCGCUGCACCCGCUCAGUCUCCAUCCCCGCGCCAGCCUACUACGCCCACCUGGUGGCCUUCCGUGCCCGCUACCAUCUGGUGGACAAAGAACACGACAGUGCCGAGGGCAGCCACGUGUCCGGUCAGAGUAACGGUCGGGACCCCCAGGCGCUGGCCAAAGCCGUGCAGAUUCACCACGACACCCUGAGGACCAUGUACUUCGCCUGAGCUACACCAACC